AUGUUUCGAGUUCUUCUAUUUUUUUCCAUUUUUCCAUUUAUAUCCCUUAUUGAUAUUAAAAAUUUUAUUCCAUUUGGUCUUGAACAUAAUGAUAAAAUAUUUGAAAAAGAAAUCACUAAUAUUACUGAUCCAAUAUCAAUAUCUGUUCGUUAUUCAUUUUUUAAUACUUAUUAUGAUACAAUACGUAUAUCUAGUAAUGGUUUAAUUGUAUUUGGAAAUAAUAGUUGUUUAUUAUCAUUUAAAACAUCUGAUCAACAUCCAUUUGACGAUUUAGUAUGUAUUGCACCUUAUUGGAUUGAUACAAAUCUAACCUAUGAUACAGUAAGUAAUAUUUUUUACCGAGAAAUAUUACUUAAAACAGAACCUAAUACACUUUAUGAUAUAACAAAAAUUUUACGUAAUGGAUUUCCUAAAUUAGCAGCUCAACGAAUGUUAUGGGCAUUUGUUAUAACAUGGUAUGAAUUACCUGAUAAUAAAAAUGAUAUCAAUCGAAAUACUUAUCAAGUAAUCUUAACAACAAAUGGAUUUUAUUCAUUUAGUUUAUUUACUUAUCAUCAAUUACAAUGGUCACAAGGUUUAUCAGGUAAUCAUGCACAAAUUGGAUUUAAUGCUGGUGAUCAAAUAAAUUAUUAUAGAUUAAAAAGAUCUUUAUCACCUGAAAUAAUAAAUAUUGUUAAUGAAUCUAAUAUUGGUAUACCAGGUCAAUUUAUAUUUCAUACAACCGGUAAUAUUAGUGAUGUACAAUGUGAAACAUCAACUGGUUUACAAAUUUCACCAUUUCGUGGUUCAAUUUAUGGUGGAUAUGAAAUUCGUUUACAUGGAAUUUGUUUUAAUCAAUCACAUUAUGAGAUACAUAUUGAUGAUCAUCUAGUUGAUGAUUGUCGUAUACUUAAUUCAUUAUAUAUUGUUUGUACAAUGCCAAUGUUAAUGGAUAGUGGUAAAAUAAAAAUCGAAUUAUUUAACCAAGAAACUAAAGAACUUAUUGAUUCAACUGAUUUUCUUGCUCAUGUACCAGAAGAUCAUGGUGAAUUAAUUUUAAGUAAUUAUAUUAAUUUAACUCAACAAAUAGCUGAUCCAAAUAAUGAUGAAUUAAUUCUUCAUUUUCAAUCAAAUAGUAUAACACAAAAAUAUCUUUUUCGUAUUAUUAUUUAUGAUUAUGCAACACAAUUAUCAUCGGAUAAUCAAACUCUUUAUAAUCGUACACGACAACGUAUUGAUCUUGGAUUAGGUUAUCUUAAUCUUUCAGCUAUUAAUAAUCUUACAAUUCGUUAUGAUACGAUUUUUUCUGUAACAACUGAUCCGACUGAUCGUGUUCAUGCAUUACAAAUCUCAUUUGAAAUCGAACAAACAAAAGGAUGGCUUCGUUCAGCUCUUUUCGUUGGUGCAAAAAUCUUUACAGCUGCAACAACAUUAAAUGCUGCUUAUUGUCCAGCUUGGUUAUUAAUGCAAAGUGAUCCAUUAAAAUAUAUUGAACAAGUUCCUGUAUGUCCUUGUCAAGUACCAAUAGAACCAUGGUUAGAUGAAUAUAUGGGAUUUCGUAUUGAUGAAGGAUGUGAUGCACGAAAACCUAUUGAAGAAACAUGUGCUUAUCAUAAAAGUGCAAGAGGUUGUUAUCGAAAACGAUCAGAUACAAGUUGGGCUGGUGCUCAAUGUUGUUAUGAUGAACAAGGUAAAUUUAUUGAACAUGGUAAAGAUGGUGCAGGAACACUUGAUGUUAUAUCACCAGAUGCAAAUAGUUGGUAUGGAAAAAGUUUAAAUUUUUUUGGUCAUUUUUUUUCGGAUUUUCUUUCAUAUUGGUCUUGUUGUCGAAGUCUUUUAAUAAGUGAAACACUAUGUAAAGCUUAUUAUGAUUAUCGUCCUGCUGGUCGAUGUGAAAAUAUGGAAAUUGAAUCAAUUGAAAAACAUGGAGAUCCUUAUUUUGUUACACUUAAUGGUAGUUCAUAUACAUUUCAAGGACAAGGCGAAUAUACAUUAUUAUCAUUACCAGAAUUUAAUGGACAAGAAGUUCAGAUACGUCUUGCAUCGAAUGAUGAAAAUGUUAAUAAAACAGUAGGAAUUGUUGCUUUUGUUAUUGGCUUUUUAAAAGAUAAGAAACGUGUUCAAUUUGAAUUAUUUCCAACACAUCAACAUCUAGAAAUUCGUAUUGAUACAAGAUUAAUUGAUUUACCACAUGAAGAGUUUGGUGUAUCAGUACUUAUCUAUGAAGAUGAAUAUGUAAAAAUAAAACGUAAAGUUAAUGGUGCAUUUAAAAUUUCAUUUCCUGGAAGUCAUUUUCGAUUUCGUGCUACUAUUCGUCCAAACUAUGAUUUUUUUGAUUUAGAAACAUUAUUAGAACGAGAAAAAUUUAAUAAAUUAUCAACACCAUCUUAUGGUUUAUUAGGUGAUCUUCAUGGUUUAAUGUAUCCAAAUGGAACACGAAUAUUAAUUAAUGAAAGUAAUGAAAAUACAUUAUUUGAAUAUGGUCAAUCAUGGGGUGUAUCACGAAAUACUUCACUUUUUUAUUAUUUAAAUGAUGAUAUUAAUCAUCAAUUUAGUUUUUUUGAACAAAACUUAGAAGAAACAAACAAAAUGACAUUAGUUCAAUCAAAUUGUAAUAAUGAUUUAUUACAAGAACAAGAACAAGAACAUUGUACUCAAGAGACUUCACAUAUUGAUUCGAAUGAAUUAAAUGAAGAAAAUUCCCAUGAUUUAUAUCGAUCUGAUCAACAUCAUUGGGAAUCAUUGACAGUAACUAUCGCAGCAGAUGUAAUACCACAGAAGAAAUCAAAUAGUGCAAUUCAUUAUACAUAUUCAUAUUCGAAUUUAUUUAUUUUAUUUUUAUACUUUUUUUUGUAG